GAACGAAGGCUUUUAAUUGUCCUCAGUAAUUGCUGCUAUUUAGAACGUCACACUUUCCUUAAUCUAGCCGAACACUUUGAGAAGCAUGGUUUCCAAGGAGUGGAAAAAAUUAUUCAAGUUAGUAUGGAUUCAUUAAAAGAAUUAGAUCAGCGGCUAUUUGAAAUAUACAUUGAGCUAAAGGCUGAUCCCAUUGUGGGUUCAUUGGAACCCGGAAUUUAUGCUGGCUACUUUGAUUGGAAAGAUUGUCUUCCUCCAACAGGUGUCAGAAACUAUUUAAAGGAAGCUUUAGUACACAUAAUCGCUGUACAUGCUGAGGUAUUCACUAUCUCAAAGGAGCUCGUACCCAGAGUUUUGUCGAGGAUUGUUGAAGCAGUUGCCGAAGAACUCAGCAGACUAAUGCAGUGUGUUUCAUCCUUCAGCAAGAACGGUGCUCUGCAGGUAGUCAAGUUAUGGGAUGUAAUUGUUAACAAAUGUGUAUUUCUGCUACCAUCUUUGGACAUUUGCAGGCAGACAAUUCUUUUUGAUGGUUUUCAUAAAAUCCCAUGCUCAAGCUUUAAGCAAGCUCUCGAAGCUUUGCCUCAGCUUUCAAGUGGUGCAGAUAAAAAAUUGCUGGAAGAACUACUGAACAUAUUCAAGAGCAGCAUGCAGUUUCAACUCACCUGCUUUCAAGCUUCUUCUUCCACAAUGGUGAAGACCUAAUUCUGAAACUGAAUUCUUUUCAUGAAAAGGGAACCGUAAAUGCCAUCAGUCUUUUUCUCAAGUAACUGUGCUAUUCUCUUCUGCGACCUCAUUUUCUUGAAUCAAAAUUCAGAGUAAAAUUAUUAAUAGAUCUGUUGGCUUCUAGAAAUAGCAAACACUCCCCUUUUGUUUUGAUGAGAAUUUACUCUGGAACAGCAAUAUAUCACAGUAUGUUUAAUAGCUUGGCAAGCUGGUUGUAUUUAUUAUCCUAAUAAAUCUUGACAAGUGAUGUCGCCGGAUUCCUUAACACUUCUGAGCAUGUUUACCAAAAUGUUCUAAAAUUCUCCCCUAUCAGUAGAGAUGUUUGGUCCAUUAAAUUAUGACAUGUGUACUUGUAUCAUCAUCUAUCAUCACACAUAGUCCUGAAUAUCCACUGUUUGCCUGCUGGCCUCUAUGGAAUGGAUUCUUUCAACCAGAUGUAUAUAAUGGUAUGUGGGAAAGACCUUGGGAGAGUAGGCCAAGAGACACUGCCAAGAGAAUGAUCAGAUAAGAGACAGCGUAGCCCACGAUUAGAUGAUGGGCAGGACCAGGAACUCAGAAGAGACCCUCCCUACUUUCUCAAGCUGUAAAGGAGAUUGGGGGGGGGGGUUUAAAUUUUGAAGCUUGCAAGAUACUGUUAAUGUAGCUUUACAAUAAAGUAGAAUUAGCGUA